AAGAGAUGAAGCUACAGACGAUCACAUGACCACGGAACUCUGCAUGAAAGAAAUCCAGAACUGUCAAAGGUUAUCAAUGGGUCCCAACUUUGUCGUGUUCUUAGGACAGAAGUACGGAUACAGGCCAAUACCUACCUACAUUUUGACAUCGGAAUUACUGCUGAUAAGAGAAGAGCUAGCAGCUACAGGCCAUGAUCCUACAAUUAUAGACACUUGGUACAGAAAAGAUGCGAAUGCUGUACCUCCAGUCUCUGUUCUCCAACCAAUAUCAUCGAUAUUAAUAAAUUUCAACAAUAAAAGAAUUCCUAAAUUACAAGCUGAAGACCAAGCUAAGUGGUGGGACACUCUGGGAAAAUUCCAAAAACUGUUCAGAAAAGCAGCUGCUUCUUUGAAUCAACAGGGCAAAAUGGAUAAUGACGCUACCCACAAUUAUUUCAUGUCUGUGACCGAACGUGAGGUAAUCAAUGGCGUUUUGAACGUGAAAAACACUAAGAAUCAUUGCUUGGCCUACAUCAGAUACAUCAACAAUAUCAAUCUACAAAACUUGAAGAAGGCUUCCCUGUUCGUAGACAUCAUCAACAGGAGUCUUGAUACAGAAUCUGCAAAACUACUGGGCAAUCUCAGAGACGAAAGAUUGCCAUCAAAAAUUGAAAGCAGUAACUUACAAAAAUAUACAGUAGAAUGGAUAGGAAGAGAAGGACUGGAUCAUGAAACCCACGAAGAUUAUCUGAAGCACUUCAUCACGCAUUUCUACAAAAACAUAGUCAAACUGGUAGACAGGGCGAUGAGGAAAGAAGACUCUAGCGCUCAAGGACAAAUAGUAACGGAGAUACUACAACACUUGCACGCUUGCAACAACUCUGUAAAGGUGUUCUACGGUAGAGAAGACAGCCUGGAACGCAUCCACCAAUACAUGCUGGACGACUCCGACAAAUGUCUCAUACUCUACGGAGAGGGAGGAUGUGGAAAAACUUCUUUGCUGGCCAAAUCGGCAGGAAUGUCCACCAGCAACGACUGGUUUGAAGGUGCCAAGCCAAUCAGCAUCGUCAGAUUUUUGGGAACCACGCCCGAUUCUUCAGCUUUGACGCCUACUUUGAUAUCUAUCUGUCAACAGAUAUCUUACAACUUCAUGUUACCAUUCGACGGUAUACCAGACGAUUUAGUACCAUUGACUGCCCACUUCAAACAACUGAUAACUCUUGCUACCAAAGAACAACCUCUUCUUUUGUUCCUGGAUUCAGUUGAUCAGCUGACUGGCACCCAGGACGCCAACAAAGUGUCAUGGCUACCGACCAGACUACCGCGUCAUUGUAAGAUUUUAGUUUCUUGCGCUUGUGAAGAAACCAAUCCAGAGGUAUCUAGGGAGUAUCACAUCCUCAGAAGGAUGAUAGAUGUUGAAGAAAACUUCAUAGAAGUGAAGGCCUUAGGAGAAGAAUUAGCUAUGAAGGUUAUCAAAAUGUGGAUGCAAACAGCUCACAGAGACCUCACUAACUACCAGUGGCGUUUAGUAUCCAACGCUAUCGACAAAUGCAGCUUACCGAUUUUCGUAAAGCUUGUCUUCGCUGAAAUAUGUAGGUGGCGGAGUUACACCAAAUCCCAGGAAACCCACUUAGCUUCUACAGUUAUGGAUUCGAUCAUGAUGCUAUUCGAAAGAAUCGAAAAACAACAUGGUAGAAUUCUAGUUUUUCACGCUCUAGCAUACAUAACAGCGGCCAAAAGUGGCUUGUCUGAAUCAGAGUUGGAAGAUCUGAUUUCUUUGGACGAUAAAGUACUCGAUGAUGUGUAUCAGUACCAUUUGCCACCGGUCAGAAGAAUUCCACCCCUGUUGUGGACAAGGAUCAGAAACGAUUUGCCGAACUACUUGUCUGAGAGAGAAGCAGAUGGCGUCAGUGUCAUGAAUUGGUACCAUAGACAAUUUCGUGAUACGGCCAAAGAACGCUACUUCAAAAACAUGAAUAUGGCGACGUACUUUCACUCCAUGAUAGCAGAUUACUUUUUGGGUAUUUGGGGAGGCGGCAAACCCAAACCGUUCAAAUACACCGAGAUCCAAAGACACAGGUGAGAUAAUUCAACCUACUGAUUUGCACAUCGGUAUUAUCGAUUGUUUUUUUCAUCCAGGUUUAAUCUGACGGAUAAAGAAGGGGUGGCUGAUAGAAAAGUACCGCUACAACCCCUAGUUUUCUAUUCCAAGGAAGGAAAAGUGUCUAGGUACAAUCUGAGAAAGUUCGGAGAGUUACCAUACCACUUAGUAAGGUCCAGGAGAUUCAAGGAUUUGUAUGACAACGUGUUGUUCAACUACGAAUGGCUAUAUGCUAAGCUGUGCAGUUGUCCCCUUCAAGCACUAUUAGCGGACUAUGAAGAUGCCGGUACCAACAUUGAGGACAAAGAAUCUAAAAGGGAACUUAUGCUUGUUGCCGAUGCCCUGAGACUUGGAGGAGCAGUUUUGGGACAGUACCCCAACAUGUUGGCCCCACAAUUGAUAGGGAGGCUUUUACCCGAAGUGGCACACAACCCGAACAUAAAAAUGCUGGUGAACGAUUGUGACAGUAAGGGUUCGGUGCACUGUGCUCUACUACCAUUGUACCAUUGUUUACAUACACCCGGAGGCCCAUUGAAAUAUUCUUUGGAAGGACACCAGUUCGCUGUAUUUUCAAUAUGUCUGACGUCAGAUUAUCGGUAUGUGGUAUCGAUUUCCAAUAGAUUCAUAACGUGGGACUUGUCAACAAGUGACUUGACGAGAGACGUCAACCCGAACAUAGAAGGAAUAAUGCAACACUUGGUAUUGAGUCCAGACAAUAAGUGGGCCGCGGCUUAUACCAACAACAAUCAGACUGUUCUACUGAAUAUGUUGUCCAGUGAGUUUGUGAUCAUAGACAACCCUCUGCCAGAAGGAUAUACCGUUACAGGGAUAUACCUCCUCAACUAUAAUUUGUUCAUUUUUGGAAACGACAAAUGGGCGAGAUUCGAUAUGAGAGGAAACUUAGAAGAAGAAUAUAACGCACCCUUGGAUUUGACAGAGUGGUCGAUAUUGAAUAUGGAAUAUGACAACAAAGCAGAGUACAGAAUAAUAUUUUGGAAAGGAAACUUAGAUGACGAUAGAAUGACCUUGAGUCUACAUACCAAAGAAGGAGAUUAUGAAUAUCUGGAAUAUCACAGUGGAAUGGUUCUGACAAGAAACAAAAACACCCUGUACGCUUGUACCACCCCUGGAUUAUACAUCAUCACAAAAUACGCUAAAUCAGAAGAUGAAAAAAAAUGGGAAAAAGUUCAAGACUUGCCAAGAACAGUUAACGAUGACACUGAACUGAUACUGCAACUGAAAUUGGACAAAGAUGACUUAUAUCUAUUCGGUACAACAAGUAACGGUUUCGUAAUAUGGGACUUCAACGAAAUCAAAAUCGAUGAAGGGGCUAUAAGCCUAACGUUACCAUAUGGCACAAGAAAUAUAACAACGAAAAUGUUGCAAUCCAACUCUAUAAUACUCAGCGCUCAUAAGAACUACGCCAUCGCAGGUGUAAGGAAAAACUUGUACGUCUGGAGCAUAGAAACAAGGAAGUUAGUGAAAGUACUAGACGCUCAUUUUGGCAGGAUAAUUCAACUCGAGGCCCUUACUAUCGGAAACUGGAACAGCAUUGUCACUUCUUCUAUUGAUAGAACUGCCAAAGUCUGGAACAUCAAUAACAUAUUCGAAACUGUUCACGUAAUAGACAGACAUGAACUCCAAGUGGAUGCUAUAAGCCUUUCAGACAAUUUGAGCUUGGCAGUUACAGCUACGAGAAACUGCGUCGGAGUUUGGGACCUGAGAAUAGGCAAAUUGGUAGCAAAAUUAGCAGACAGCCCUUUAGGAGCCAUAGUGACACAUGCCAUAAUCACACCAGACGGAAAAUACAUCAUUUCGGCUGAGACAGGCAAUAUUCUGAUAUGGCUCCGGCUGACUCAGCAAGUGAUUUUCAAAGAAGAGCAGCCUGGCAUCAGACAACUGACGCUGAUUGAUGGCGGAACGAAAAUCUUGUCGGUCUCAAAGCCUAGCAACCCUCCUGGAACGGAUUUCGUUCGUACCACUGCUACGCUGUGCGUAAGAGAGAUACCGGGUGGUGAAAUGGUGUACAGUUUCGAAUAUCCACUAAGAAGUAUAACGGGUGUCCCAUUCAAACCAGCAGUUGUCACUUCAGAUAAUCUGCACCUGGUAUUAGCUGCGGCAGAUAAGACGAACAGAGACUGUGUCUUAGUCUAUAACGCCCAAACUGGCUCAUUCGUCCAUCGAAUACCACUCAAAAGUAGUAUGAUCAAGGAUAUUGCAGGUUUGGUGGCAAUGCCCCACAAAGGCCACCUUAUAGCAGUUCUAUCCACUGACAAGGGGGCAAUCAUAGACAUCAGAUCAAAGAAACACAUACGUAGUGUACCCAAAUGGGGUGGUUGUAUCACCAAAGAUGGCAAACAUGGUUUGUAUGCCCCCUCAAGAGGAGGGCUAGAACUAAUAGAGCUCAAAAAAGGGCAAACUGUGAAAACUUUCAUUCCAAAAGUAGCUGAAGGAGUUUUCUCUAUUAUAUGCCUGUUCAACAAAACUGACGAGUAUGUUCUUUACUACCACAGUGGUAAAAAAACAUUGAGGGUUUUCCGUACAAACGAUGCAGAAAUGAUAGCUAAUUACAGGGUUCAGGCAGAGCUAACGGCCGUAGAAAGCACCCCAGAUGGAAAAGCCCUAGUUUUGGGUACAAUUGAUGGAUGUGUCUCAGUGUUGGCUAUUGUGGAUACACAAAAAAGUGAUAUGAACGAGUAUUUGGCAGAGAUGCCUUCAAGGGACGAAGGAUGGAAGAAGAAAGUCGAAAAAAUGCGAGCCCAAACAAGAUUCAAAGCUGUUGGGUCCAUCGUGAAAUUAUCAACAAUGUUUUCAAACGAAAAUAAUAACUUGUGUGGGCCUCCUCUGAGUAACAUAACUAAUGAAAAAGAACAAGAAUAGACCAAUGCAGUUUAUUUCUAUGAAACGAUAUUGUUCGGUUGAGGUCGUUGUCGGAAUAAAAAAGUUCUAGUUUUUGUUUCAAUUUUUAUUCGCACAUAAGUAGAUUGGACAACAAAACAUAACCGCGUCGACUUAAAUAAAUAAAAACAUAAAUAAAUAUACUGAUGAUGUUUUAAUACAUUAGAGUGCAUAUACAUCAAAUCACAUUCGAGCUAAAUUUUCCAUCGAAUAUAAGAAAAUCACACUGUAUAGCUUACUAACUGCCGCAACUGGCCUAUUACAACGAAAACCCCAUAAAUUUCCACACUCAACAUUUAUAUAUUUUUUUAUUAUGAAACAUAGAUACCUAAAAUACAUUUACUUUGUUCAGUACUUUGAAGAACUUCAGACUUGAUUUAUCCAGUUUUGGCAUGUGUAUAAAUUUCUGAAAAACAGAAGUGGCACUGCUAGAAAGAACUUUUUUCACAACUAUCUAUAAUAUGCUGUUUCAAAUAAAUGUUCAGAUCUUCAUUGAAUCUUUAAACAUGAUAAAAAAUAGUCAAAGAAGUCAUUUCUAGCAGUACCUACAUUGUACCUUAUCAAUGAAAGCAAAGAAAAGUCCAUUGCACUGUAAAACCGGUAAAGCAAGCUUUGGAAAGACAAUCGAAAAACCGUUUGGUUUGGGGGUCGCAAUAUCGUCACUUCAUUCCACGCAAAUUCACGUCAAUUCAAUCACAAACUUGAAUAUUUCAAUCAUCAGAUGGCGCCAGCUUACAGCCAAAUGUUAGACCACUUGUCAUCUUCAUUUCACGAUUCAUUCAAAUUCCCCUGAUUUUAUCUGCAAAUGUUUGAUGACAUAGAUCUGAUGGUUAAGUGAUCGACGGAGUUGAGUAAAUAAAUCUCAAAUAAUGCUAAUAAUGAAGUAAUUUCUCGGAAAAUAGAAUAGAUGAAAAAAAAUGGAUAAUGAAAGGAUGUCGAGAAUGACAUUAUAUAGGUCUCGUGUACAUGUGUCAGAUGACCGACCCUGGAGGUAAAGUAACCUCACUUCUUGGGUUUGUUUACAAGUUAUUGAAAUAAUUUUUCACAAUGAUUAUUUUGGCAUACGAAUGGUUUUUUUUUUUCAUCAAUUCAAGCAUGCCAUCACAUUGUGCUGAUUUACAAUGCGCAAAAAUACAGUGAAAGAUGAAGACUUUUCAGGAAAAUUGUGAUCUAGAAGUAAUGUAAUCACUAACAUAGUUUUCAAUUGAAACUUUUAUCUGCCGUCUGCCACAUCUGCAAUAGAAGCUAAUACUUCUAAUUGAGUGAAAAUGUAACACACACGACCAUAUUUAGUCAGCAUGUCAGACCAGUCCUCCCGUUUGACAGCGCUUGAAUACACUUGGCCUCAUUUUAGAAACUUCACAAGUCUUUCUAUUAGCUGUUAUUGCAGAAGAAAUCUGAAGAGGAAUGACACAAUUUCAAAAUGAAAGCUGUGUGAGUAACUACCGGAGCUAUUAUUCACCUAUCUCUUACUUCAAUCCUAUGUGAACAAAUAAGAAAAGAGAGGUUGUUUUACUAUUAGAGGUAUUCCAGGUCUCCGUAUUUUCUUCCCAAAUCAAACUAUAAUGCAUACACUAUUAUUCAUGGAUUAUUCUGCUGCUGGUCAAUAUUAAGGAGGAAAAGUAUAAGUAUUAAGUAUUAUACUCGUAAAAAAUAUUACUUUGUAAAUCUGUAGAACCCUGUAUAUCUGAAAAAAUAGCGAUUCUGGACCACUGUAAUGGGCCCUCCUGAAUGCAAUUUUGAUUUGGUAAAAGAAAGAGCAUUUUGUGAUUCUGUACAUCACAAUCAGUAUUUAUUCAAAGUGUUUUCAAAUAUGAGACAUUUGACAAGAAAUCAUUUUGAUAAAAAUUGCAAUAUAAACGAAGAUAAUAUCAACUGUUUCAGUUUCUAUUGUGUUUGCUAAUAAUAGCAACAACAUUUCAUCUUGGAAUAAACGUAUCGACAUUGACAACACCUUGUAAACAGCGAUAAACAAUUCAGUUCCGUAAUCUCUGCACCCAUCAAUUCACACUACAAAGAUUUCCUUAGUUUUUGACACUCAAAGCUCUGGAUUACAUUUUUAUUAAAUAUGAGUUGAUAUUAACACACUUUUCAAAAAUUGUACUAUUGGAUGUUUGCAUUCUACAACACCUAUUUUCAAUAACAUUAUUUCAUAUCGCUAUAUUUCAUCACUCGAUAGUUACCGUUGAAUGUGUGGAAACGACUCAAUUACAUCAGGUAUCUAGAUAUACUUAGAUCGUUUCAGAGUGAUUUUUUUCACUAUGAAAAUGCCAUUUGGAAUCUCGCGCAUUUAUUCGGAAGCAUUUUAGUUGUGCUCGAAGUUUCUCAAAUUGUUAUUGUUAGACACAGACUUUUUCAGAACCUUAGUGGCACCUACCAACAUCAAGUAGAACCAGUAGAUUUGAGGUAACAAUAAAAUUGCUAUGCUUAUGAGACAACCUCUCGGAAGAGUAUGGAGU